AUGAGCGGCCUUGGUCAACGUGUCCGUAACACGUACGCUUCGGGCGCACCAGCCAACUAUGUCCCAGGCUUGGGUCGUGGGGCCGUAGGAUUUACUACACGUUCUGACAUUGGUCCUGCACGUGCACCCAUGACGCAGGAUGGGACGCAGGACGCACCAUUCCUUCCACCCGCUGGUCGCGGAGCAGGUCGUGGAUGCGGCAUUGAUUUCCCAGGAGUGGGACCAGGACCAGGAUCAAGUGCAGGACGUGGCUCUGGUACCGCUGGGAUGGGUGGAUUUGGACGUGAAAAGGACGAGAAUGAGGACUUUGGCGACUAUAGUGAGACCAAUUACGACGAAUUCUCGGGUUAUUCGUCACGUGGCCUAUUUCAGGACACACCCUACGAUCAGGAUGAUAAAGAAGCAGACGAUAUCUAUGAACAAGUGGACGAACGUAUGGACUCACGACGUAAACGUCGACGGGAAUUGCAGCAGUUGGAGGAGCUCAAGAAGGCACGUAAAGAGAUGCCCAAAAUCAGUGACCAGUUUGCUGAUUUAAAAAGCUCAUUGCAGAGCAUGUCAGAUGCAGAAUGGGAAAUGAUCCCGGAAAUUGGUGACUAUUCGCUCAAAUACAAGACGAACACGGCAUUACAGAAGCGAAACGAGAUGUUUGCGCCAGUACCUGAUAGUCUAUUGGGAACUAAUGGAGCGCACUCGACGACGAAUAUCAGUGGAACAAUUACACCUGCAGGAAGUGGAAUGGACACACCUAACGGCAUGACGAGCUCUGUGACGGGCUUGGCGGGUGCGAGAGGGGCCCAGUUGUCCCACAAGCUGGACAAAAUGUCAGACUCAAUCUCGGGCCAGACUGUCGUAGACCCUAAGGGGUAUCUUACAGAUUUGAACAGCUUAAAGCUCACGAGCGAUGCGGAGAUUGGAGAUAUAAAGAAGGCAAGACUGUUGUUGAAAUCGGUGACGAUGACAAACCCCAAACAUGGACCGGGAUGGGUUGCUGCAGCAAGACUGGAAGAAGUGGCAGGAAAAAUUGUGCAGGCAAGAAAAAUUAUUGCACAAGGCUGCGAGUCCUGUUCCACCCAGGAAGAUGUCUGGCUGGAAGCUGCACGACUACAAAACCCAGAAAAUGCCAAGACGAUUCUAGCCAAGGCUGUACGACACGUGCCCAAAUCAGUCAAGAUCUGGCUUCAAGCGGCGCAGCUCGAAAAUGAUGACGAAUUGAAGAAGCUUGUGAUGCGCCGCGCUCUCGAGUUCAUCCCUGACUCAGUGAAGCUGUGGAAGGCUUUGAUUGAGCUGGAAGAUGUCGAUGGCGCACGAAUUCUGCUCGGUCGGGCUGUUGAGUGCGUCCCUCAAGCAGUGGAUUUGUGGCUAGCGCUAGCGCGGCUCGAAACGUAUGAGAACGCCAAGAAGACGCUGAAUAAGGCACGCGCUUCAAUCCCGACUGAGCCGUCAAUAUGGAUCACGGCAGCCAAGUUAGAAGAAGCGCAAGGAAAGAACCUAGACAUGAUCGAUCGAAUCAUCCAGUUGGCACUAAAAUCGCUGCAAAAACAUCAGGUGGUCAUGAACCGGGAGAUGUGGCUAAAGGAAGCCGAAGCAUGUGAGCAAGCGGACGCACCAUUAACGUGUGCGGCAAUUGUUCGUGCUAGUUUGGACGUUGGAGUUGAUUACGAAGACCGGAAACGUACAUGGAUGGACGAUGCUGAGAAUAGUAUUAAUCGUGGCGCACUGCUGACAGCUAAGGCUAUCUAUGCGGCUGCGUUGAAGGUUUUUCCAGGCAAGAAGUCCAUUUGGCUGCGUGCUGUCGCUUUGGAGAAGCGAGUUCAGGAGGGCCAUAGCCCUGAAGCUGUCGAGCAACUGUUGCAGAAGGCCAUCACGUGUUGCCCAAACGCAGAGAUAUUGUGGCUUAUGGCUGCCAAGGAGGUCUGGACUAACGGCUCCGUCGAGAAUGCACGACUGAUCUUGCGUCAAGCAUUUAGUGCUAAUCCGAAUAGCGAGGCAAUUUGGCUGGCAGCCGUCAAGUUAGAGUGGGAGAACGAUGAAAUCGAUUUGGCGCGGGCGUUAUUGGCUAAGGCACGUGCACAAGCACCGUCGCCUCAUGUAUGGAUGAAGUCCGUGCUGCUCGAAAGGGAAUGUGCAGCAAAUCGUGAAGACGAAGAAAGUCUCGUCUUAGAAGGUAUUGAACUGUACCCUGACUUCCCCAAGUUGUAUAUGAUGGCUGGGCAAUUUUACGAGGCGUUAGAUCCUCCUAACUAUGAGAAAGCGAAGAAGAUGUACCGUGAAGGUGUUCAGCAUUGUCCGAAGUCUAUUCCAUUAUGGACGCUUUCUAGUCGAUUGGAGGAAAAGAUUAACGGUGUGACGAAGGCACGCUCGGUAUUGGAGUUGGCUCGCCUCAAGAACCCGAAAAAUGAAUGUUUGUGGCUGGAGGCUGCUCGUCUGGAAGCUCGGUGGGAUAACCCCAAGGGUCAAGAAAUGCUAAUGGCAAAGGCUUUGCAGGAGUGCCCUGAGUCCGGCAUACUUUUGGCGGAAUCUAUCGACAUUGCUCCUCGAGCUCAGCAGAAGCGCGCGUCUUUCACUGCACUGAAGAAGAAAGACAACGAUACGUCAGUGUGCUUGUCAGUCGCCAAAUUGUUCUGGCAGGAACGCAAGUGCUCAAAGGCACGCAAGUGGCUGGAACGAACGGUUCAGCUGGAUCCGGAUUUUGGAGAUGCAUGGGCCCAUUACUAUCUAUUGGAGUUAAAGCAUGGCUCGAAGGAAACGGCAGAAAAGAUCCUGAAGCGUACCGUGGCUUCUGACCCUCGUCACGGUGAAAAAUGGACUUGCGUCGCGAAGCAAACGCAAAAUCGCCGCAAGAAGACCGAAGAGCUAGUAAAGCUUGUCAGUCUUACAUUACCGUUUGCUGAGCAGUUGUAG